UAUCUGAACGUCGGGAACUGUGCAAUUGUCCGGCCCUCCGUGGAGCCUCGCGACCUGAACUGAAUAAAAGGUGUUUUGCCAGAGCCAAACGGCAGUGCCUCUACCAUCUAUUGGACUCCGACUCCGCCAUCUGGCCCAGGGAAUCAAAACAAACAAAUCGUUGCACAAACAGGCCACCUUUAUAUAUAUACAUAUAUUCCGGAGAUAUGUACUCGGAUGUGCGUGAGUGGAUUGGUGGGUGUGUUUUCCUUGCCUGAGGCAUCGCGGCAAAACUCGCGCGCGGAUUGUGCGGUGGAUUUAUGUGCGCGGUAAUUGGUUGACGCCAAAAAUCUAAUAGCCAUUAAUCAAAGUUGGUAAACAAAUUGCCAGAGAGCAAGUAAAAGAGGACAACAAAUAUUAAAGAAUAUAAUCCAACAAAAAUGUGAAUGGAAAGUGCUCAAGUAAUCAAGCGUAAAUUUUUGAAAACAAAAUUAAAUACGACAAGCUUCACACAAAAUAAUAACAAACAUACUUUGGAAAUAAAUGUCGAAAGAUUUUGAAAGAUCAUUUGAUGUUUGGGCAAAAGUAUUUAAAUAACAACGCAUUGUCUUUUAAUCAUUACAUUAAAUCAAACAAAUUUAUUUAAAAAGAAAACAAAAAGAUAAUCACUUAACAAAUUUAAAAAAUAAAUAAUAAAAUAAAAAUAAAAUAAAAUAGUGGAGACAUAAAAAAACAUUUUAAGCACAGAGUUUUUAAUAGACAACGAAUAGAUUUUCAGAUCGAAAAAUCACUGAAAUCAAACUACUUUGAGCAUAAAGUUAGUUUUCUAUUAACUUUUAUCGACAAAAAAACAAUUAAAUUUCUUUAUAAAGAUAAUACGUCAACAAGUGUCAAAAUAAAACGACUCAUAAAUAAUUGCGAAUCGUCAGACAAAAGAAAAUACUUAAACUCAAACAAACGACAAAGAAAAGUGCACAAUAAACGCGUGUGAGAAAAAACAAUACAAAGAGCAAAGUAUUUCCAGGGGUCCGCCUAUUAAAACAAUGAUUUCUUCAAGGGGAAACCGAAUGAUCUUCAAAAUGUAUUGGCUAAUUCUGAUACUAAUGCCCCUCACUUGGGCCAACACCAGUGAUUUAAAGGGAGCCCCUGUAAUGACCACAGUAGCUCCCACUUCGAGUCAUCGAAAUGCCCAUCAGCAGCAAAGAUUGCAGCGAUUGCAGGAGGCACAGCAACUGGAGUCCCAUCAGCAACAUCAUCAUCAUCUGCGGCACGAGCAGCAUUUGCGGUCCGAAUUGGAGGGGAAUCAUCAGCCGCCAAUCGGGGACUUUGAAAUGGGUGGAUCCAAGAAGCCCUUCGAUCCACUGUUGCCCAUGCAGCAGCACCACUUGCGUCAUCACAAUCGCCACCAUCUGAGUUGGGAGCAGAGGGUGUUUCCCUCACUGCGACACCAGCAACACCGCUUGUCCAUAGGAACCAGCACUCCAAGAAAUAUCUUUACCUCGGAGGCACCCACAACCACUCAUCACGGCUUGAUCACAAAUCAUACUCGCUAUUUCGACAGGGAUGGCAUCUUCCCCUCUUGGGCUGAACCUCGAACUACCAGAGGUCCCAAUUGGCGACAGGAAGUGGAUUCCAGUAGCUCCGAUGGGGAAAGCGAUGAGGACGAAGUCGACGAGGACGACGAUUAUGAGUACGAAGAUGACUCCGAUUCCGAUGGUGUGGAUGAAGAACUGGCCCGACAAAUGCCCAGAUACUCUUUGUUCAACCAAAAAUUACCCCACAUUGACUUGAAAGAACAAGAUUACGAUGCUGUUGAUCAAUCGGACGAAUUGGAUAUAGUUUCGAAUAAUAAUCAUUAUAGCAACAAACAUCCCAGUGUGGCCAAUCCACACGAUAAGUCAGCUGGCAAACGCAAUAUAUUUUCCUGGCUGUUUAAACAAGAUGUGGAAAAAGAUGUAGUUAAAGCACCGCACACCACAACUACUACAACAACCACAACCUCGACCACAACUGUGAAGCCCAUAACACGCACUGAAAGGCCAAAACUACAAUUAAUAGAUGCCAAUCUUAAGAACAACGGUGGCGAAGAGGACUACUCGAACGAGGAUUCGGAUUCCGAGUCGGAAGAGGGAUUCUCCAACGAACAGUGGAACAAAAUCGAGCACGAACAUCACCUCAAGCAGCAGAAACACCAGAAGGAACUAUUGGCGAUGCGUGAGAAGAGCUGGAAUACCCCUCUCAUAAGAAACAUUGAGAAUGAGGAUGUGAACAACAUCUACGCACGCAACUACAUAGCCGGCAAGCCAAUCCAGAAGAAGGACGAGCAGUUGGGAACCCCCGAGGCGGCACUCCGGGCGAGACGCCUCCACGCUCAGAAGCAGAAAAACGAGAGAGCCCUUGCCCACGCCCACAUGAACCAGGUGCUGAAGGAGGCCACUUGCCGCGUGCCCCAGAAACGCUGCCAGCUGGUGCAGCAGGAUCCCUCGAAGAUCUACACGCCCCACUGCACCAUCCUGCACCGCUGCAGCGAGGACAGUGGCUGUUGCCCGAGCAGGAGCCAGAUAUGUGCCGCCAAAAGCACCCACAACGUUGAGCUUCACUUCUUCGUGAAAAGCAGCAAGCAUCGGAGCGUAAUCGAGAAGAGGACCUUUGUGAAUCACACCGAGUGCCAUUGCAUCGAGCGAUCCAGUUACAACGAGGACACGGCCAUGGCCAACUACGGGCAGUCGGUGGUGCGGGCCACCAUACUGAGUUGCACCUGUCCGAAGAGUUUCGAGAAGAUCCUGCAGGACGACGGGCAGUGCAGGUGCGACUGCAGUUCCGGGAACUACGACUGCGAUUGGCUGAAGCGGGGCAACGAGCACUUCGCCAUGAACGAUCGCAAGUGCAUACAGCAAGGUCGCUGCAAGCCGCCCACUUGUGAGUUCGGUCCCUACAUGGACAAACACGGUCGCUGUCCCAAACAACACGAACAACCCGCCUAUAACGCCAUGUCAUAGGCGAUGCGUACCCCAAGCGAGGAGCAGAGAAGCCAGGAAAAGUAUUAUUCAGUCUGUGGCAAACUCAAGACCAGACACGAAGGGAAACUGGGAAAACAUUUUCUUUCCUGAACAGAGUAAAAGCGAAAAGAGAGACGUGAAUUUAGUUGCAUAUCCUAUACAAACCAACACGAAAGUAAAACGAAAAUAGAUCUAAUUAUACACUGGGUGGGUCGAUUAGUAGAAGGCAAACAUACUGAGUUACUUCAAAAUCUUAAUUGCAUUCUGAGAAUUUUCUUGAAAACUCUUUUAACAACUAUCAACUCUUAUACAAACAGAUCGGCUCUAAAAUCAGGAUGACAAAUAAUGGUUUGGUCAGGAAUUAAGAAUGAAUGAAUAUGUUAAAAAUAUUUUAGCUAACGAAACAUUUUUCUAAAAACCGUUUUAUUUAAAUUUUAAAUUAAUACUUAGAGGUUGAAUCUAGAGAAGAGUAAAUUAAGAACUGUCUGAAAAUUGAUAACUUAUUUUUUGCUUUCGAAAAUAUUGACCCAGCCAAAGAUACACUUACUAAUUAUGUAAAUGUAUAUCAGCUGAUUGUGUAUUUGAUGUAUUACGACCACAACAUUGUCUAUCCUCGAUCCGAUAAAAACACAAAAAGCAAUAUCAAACUGUAGCAUUGUUCUCGAAUAUUACAAUAUACAGAACCAGAAACCAGAAAGAAUUAUGUGUACUUUAUGCGUAUGCUAAAUGAAAUUCCAAAUAUAUAAAUUGACUGCGUUUUUAGUUUUAAUUAACUAAUAUUAUGUUAUUUAAUUAUAAUAAAAACACAA